AUCCUGGAAGCGGGAGAGAGAUUUCCUCUGUUUUGAUUACGCGCCAGUUAUGUCCCGCGUGUUAUUUGUUAAGCGCACGUUAGCAGAAAAUCCACUAACGCUAAAAUGUGCAGUUGACACGUAAGCGAUCCGAUGCCUGUUGAGUUCUCGUGCACACAACACAGUAAAGAAACAAAAAGGUUAAACCUCUUUUUAUUCUCUGUCAGAAAUAGAAAAAAUCUUUGAUGCGCAUUAAUGGCGAUUCGGCCGAGAACUCGUAAAAGGGUUCAAGCAGUUCGUCGUGCUGCUGAUGGAAGCGCUUUUAAAAAAUGUGAAGAAUGUGGUGUUAUGAUAGCGAUUGGUCUGUUUGAUAUGCAUGAGUGCGGUGAGAAGAGAAGGGAAGUGAAGAGAUUCAAGUACAUUGCCAGUGGCAAUGUCAUUAAUAUCUCGAAACCAAUUGGGAGCUUUGAAGAUGAACCCAGAUCACCAUUUGUCUUCUUCUUAGAGGAUUUUAGGGAAAAGUACAAUGGAAACUUGGUGGAUGCUAGCAGAAUAUGUUUCAAUGUAUGGAAGAACAUGUUACCAGAGGACCAAAAACCAUUCAAUGCCCGUGCUAUGGAGGUUGAUUUGGCACACAGCAGAAAGUUAAACGAAGAAGCUAAAAGUAUUGAUAAGGCAGAUGAUGAGGCAGAUUCGAAAACUGUUGGGAGAUAUGACAAGUUCUAUGAGAGCUACGUUCAUUAUGAAGAGGAGGAGGACUAUGAUUCAUCUGAUCAUUUCGAAAAUGAGUUUUGGGAAGACGAUACUCUGCUCGACUACUGAGGAUCCCGAUUUCGUGGAGAGGGUUUUGGCCUUUUGGUAGUGUACAGGUUUAGAGAUCUUUUUGGGAGAUUUAUGUAAAUAUAGAGAAAAACUAUAGAGGGGAGGCUGCUGAUCUUAUUUCCUUCAUAUGUGCCUUUUAGAGGUUUACUAGUUUUUUUUUGGAUAAGUGUGACA